GCGCGCGCGACGCGAACGCGAACGCGAACGCGAACGCGAACGCUAACGCUAACGCUAACACCCCACCGUUCACGAAGAUGGCGGAGGAGGACACGACCGUGAAGGAGCCCCUCGACCUGAUCCGCCUGUCCCUCGACGAGCGCGUCUACGUCAAGCUGCGGGGCGACAGAGAGAUUCGGGGGAAGCUGCACGCGUACGACCAGCACCUGAACAUGAUCUUGGGCGACGUCGAGGAGACGAUCACGACCGUGGAGAUCGACGACGAGACGUACGAGGAGAUCGUCAAGACGACGAAACGGGCGGUGCGGUAUCUCUUCGUGCGCGGCGACGCGGUGACCUUGGUAUCGCCUCCCUUGCGCACGUGACCGGGGGGCGGGGGGGUCGCGCGCGGGCGCUCGUCGCGAGAAAACCAAACGGCGGAACGAAUCCAAACGGACGGCGGGGACGCCUCGGACGACGCGCGACGCGCGCUCACUUAGCACGGGAAAGGAACGUAGGAGGUAGUCGUUCUCGUAUGAUCAUCAGAGGGUGUUAGU